AUGGGUAGGCAUUUUUGUUGUCCCUCGCAGGGUGUGGAUUCUCUGGUACUGGAGAGCGUGAUGUUUGCUGUAUUGGCAGAACGUGCCUUGGGACCAAGAUUAUAUGGAGUGUUUCCGCGGGGACGUUUGGAGCAAUACAUUCCAAGCCGUCGACUGCUGACUGAAGAGUUGGGACUUCCAGAUAUUUCAGCAGAGAUAGCAGUAAAAAUGUCUCGAUUCCACGGAAUGGUCAUGCCCUUCAACAAAGAACCAAAGUGGCUGUUUGAGACUAUGGACAGGUAUCUCAAGCAGAUAAUGGGAUUGACAUUCGUCAGAGAGGCACAUGUGAAAAAGUUUAAUAAACUGAAGACUUUCAACCUGCCAGGAGAGUUGGCGAGUUUAAAGUCGCUUCUUGAAGCCACAUGGUCACCUGUGGUUUUUUGUCAUAAUGAUGUACAGGAAGGUAAUAUUCUCUAUUUGGCGGACAAAGACGCAACAUCCACAGAUAAAUUGAUGCUGAUUGAUUUUGAGUACAGCAGCUACAACUACAGGGACUUUGACAUUGGAAAUCACUUCUGUGAAUGGAUGUAUGACUACACUUAUGAUCAGUGGCCUUUCUUCAAAGCUAAUAUGGAGAAUUAUCCCAACCGACAGCAGCAGCUUCACUUCAUCAGACAUUACCUUUCUGAAUAUUCGGGGAAUAAAGGGGACUCGGUGCAUGAUGAUCAGUUGAAAAUUGAAGAAGAGAUGAUCAUUGAGAUCAACAGGUAUGCCCUAGCCUCUCACUACCUGUGGGCACUCUGGGCUAUUAUACAAGCAAAGCUUUCCACAAUUGAGUUUGGUUACAUGGAUUAUGCCCUGUAUAGACUGGAAGCCUACUUUGAUCAGAAGAGAAUACUUGGUUGACUUGCUGUACAGUGCUAGCACUGCUUGGAAUUUAGCACGUUUCUGUUAUUAAUUAUUU